GUACUUGUAGUUGAGGUUAUGUUUUCUGCUUCUAAUUAACGAAAAGACAAAAGACAACACUUUAGUUUACUACCGUCCCAUCUCUGUUGAGUUAAAACUAAAUUAGUUGUAAUGGAAGAAAUUGGUAUUUCGCUUGGACCUGAAAAGGAAGACGUCAGUUUGGAUGCAAAACCCACGAUUGGAACUGGAGUAGUCACUGAUGACCUUGAAAGCACAAGUGACUUGUACACAAAGUAUAAGAAAUUACAAAGACAGCUAGAGUUUUUAGCUGUUCAAGAAGAAUACAUCAAAGACGAACAACGCAACUUGAAAAAGGAGUAUUUACACGCACAAGAAGAAGUAAAAAGAAUUCAGAGCGUACCGUUAGUUAUUGGACAGUUUUUAGAGGCUGUAGAUCAGAAUACUGGAAUCGUUGGUAGUACCACAGGCUCCAACUACUAUGUUCGUAUAUUAUCGACCAUCGAUCGAGAGCUGCUCAAGCCGUCAGCGAGUGUGGCUCUUCACAAACACAGCAAUGCUCUGGUGGAUGUCUUACCUCCCGAGGCGGACUCGUCUAUUUCCAUGCUUCAAGCUGAUGAGAAGCCUGAUGUGCAAUAUUCAGAUAUAGGAGGCAUGGACAUGCAGAAACAAGAGAUCAGAGAGGCGGUGGAACUUCCUUUGACUCACUUUGAGCUGUACAAACAGAUUGGUAUUGACCCUCCUCGAGGAGUGUUGAUGUACGGUCCUCCAGGUUGCGGCAAGACUAUGCUGGCGAAGGCUGUGGCUCAUCAUACAACUGCUGCUUUCAUCCGAGUAGUCGGUUCGGAGUUUGUUCAGAAGUAUCUGGGUGAAGGUCCACGUAUGGUGAGGGAUGUGUUCCGUCUUGCCAAGGAGAACUCGCCAGCAAUCAUCUUCAUUGAUGAAAUUGAUGCGAUUGCUACAAAACGAUUUGACGCUCAAACUGGAGCAGACAGAGAGGUUCAGCGAAUUUUGUUGGAACUCUUGAAUCAAAUGGAUGGAUUUGACCAGACCACCAAUGUGAAGGUAAUCAUGGCCACCAACCGAGCAGACACACUAGACCCAGCUCUUCUGCGACCCGGACGUCUCGACCGCAAGAUAGAGUUCCCACUACCUGACAGACGCCAGAAGCGACUUGUUUUCUCUACCAUUACUGCCAAGAUGAAUCUCAGCGAAGAGGUCGACUUGGAGGACUACGUAGCUAGGCCUGACAGAAUAUCUGGAGCUGACAUCAACGCUAUAUGCCAGGAGGCUGGGAUGCAUGCUGUGAGAGAGAAUCGCUACAUAGUUUUGGCUAAAGACUUUGAAAAAGGAUACAAGAACAACAUUAAGAAGGAUGAAUCUGAGCACGAGUUCUACAAAUAAAUGGUGUUUAACUACGUUGGAAUUAUAAUUUAUUGCAUAAUAAGAUAAUAAAUGUUUCUUAACAAAACCAGUA